ACACCAUGGCAACGAAGGAGCUACCGCCACAGCGUUUACCAUUUGUUUACAACUUGUCUUCUCAUUCAUAACAUUUAACAAUUAUGAUGGUAUCUCUAACUGAAGUGAACUAUAAAUGCCCUUUUACUUGUUACUCCUGAGUUGUGUGAAAGCUGGUGACGCUUCAUGACGAUUUUCAGAUUUCUCUGAGAUGUGACCACUGUGGCGGCGGUCAGAAUGUCCUCUGAGGAGGAGACGACGAAGGUGCUUCCUAUUUGGGGGCUUGCCAUCCCUCUCCCAGCUGUGCUGAUGAUCACUGUGAGUCUUUAUAUGAUCGUUGUGGCCAUCGGGUUCUGGAUCCGAUACUGCCUUAAGGACCGAUGUUCUUGUAACUGUUUUGGCUGCUGUGAAAACAUUUCUAUAUGCGAUCAGUGCCAUAAAGUGGCUGAGACGUGCGACUGCAGCAUGCCUGACAUGAAAGCAUGUUGGGACAGAUGUCCCUCCUGUCCUUCUUGUGAUUGUUGGGGCAGCCUCUGCAGCUGUACAUGUACAUCUCCUGACUGCGACACGUGCCACUGCCUCUGCUUCGAGAUCAGGAUCACGUAGAGGAAGACGGUGGAAGCGCGCUGAUAGCAUCAUCAGAGUGACUUAUAAAACAUUUGCCUUUCAUAGGAAGGAGGUACCCCCACUGGAGAACCGACACGUCUUUGUCUUCUUAUGGAGCACCAACAUGACUGGACUGUUACAACUAAACUGUUCCUUAAAAGGACUUAAUACCUCACAAAAUUAGUCAGAUCUACUUCUAGAGGGUGUGUCUUCUUCUGUUGGCUAUCUUUAAAUAUCUUUUUAAUGAUAAACUGGUUCAGUAUUCACUUGUAGUAGCUUAAAAAAGAUAAAAUCUUUCACCACAGUUCAUAUGAGUUUAUCACAAUAUCAGAAUUUAUCGUGAUAGGACACAAUUUAUUUAUUUUCUAUCAUGACACUAAUGUGUGGAUAUUAACACACUAUGGUACUGUCAUUUUCAAGCUCCCAUAUUUAAUAUAUACAUGUUUUAAGUACAAGGUUGUAGAUAAAUCUGUAGCUCAAGAAGACCAAGUCUGCUCUUUAAAACAUACUUUUUGCUGACUUCACAGUCCCAUUGUGAGGAAACGUCAAAGGCAGCUUCCUGUAGCUCUGCAGUCAGAUUAUUUAAGGCACUGGACUAUAUAAUGUGCAUUUUUCUUGACACUGAUGCAGUACAAAUGGAUUGAAAACAUCUCUGACAUUGGACAAAUCUAUAUUGCCUUAUGGUAUGUUCAUUUGAGCUCUUUUUUUUUAUCAAAUCUGUAAUGAUAAUCAGCAUUUUAGAGCUUAAAAUCUAAACAGGAAGUACCUGGUGUUGACAGUGCGACUCUGAAUAUGAAAGGCUGUUUGUAUUUUUUACUUUUGCCAAAAAACUUUCCAGUACAGCUCUGUUUUCCUAAGACACUAGGUGUUUGCAUCUUCAGUGCUCAAGUGCCUUUCAGUCUACAGUCUUGUCAUUCUCAAAGCUGCAGUUUUUACUCAAACCAGUGGGGGGAAGCAGAGCAUUUUUGUGGACUAUUAAUAGAAGCGGUGUAGUACUCCUUUGGUGCUUUUGUUGAAUGAAUUUAUAUGAUUUCCUUGUCUUGUGCUCUUUGUUUUUUAUACAUUGUGGCUUUUGAAAGCUUUAUUAAAUUCUCAGUUAUUUAGAUACACAGAUGCAUCAGUUUUU